UUUACUUUGGAGGCUGAGACAGUGGGCAGUGCUGAUGUGUAACAAAAGGACAUUAGCUUGUUCUUCACCACAACUACACCACGUGACAAGUGUACGUGACAGCAGUGUUAUAAAAGGCGAGUAUCUGAGCCAGAAGAGCGAGAGACCAGCCGUCCUUCUACAGAUAAAUAUCUCUCUACAAAGAUCUCCUCCUGCGAUCAUCUCACACCUUCUACUGAACUUUAACAUCAAGUUCCUGCAGCUUGUGGUAGAUUUCUGCUCUCCAUCAUCUCAGACACUCCUUACACACACGCCUCACACACUAAACAAACACUCCUCACACACUAAACAAACACACCUCACACACACUCCUCACACAUUCCUCACACACUCCUCCACUGUGUGUCAGGAUGAAGCUCCUCACUCUGGUGCUCCUGCUCUCCGCUUUCUCCUCACUGACCCUGACGGAGGUUGAGGAUACUUUGAGUUUUUUUAAAAAACACUGUCCGUCAUUCUUCAUUCCAAACCCAGAUAAACAAAAUGAAAUCAUCAUCCCCACUAUCUUCCCUGGAGAUCAGUAUAAGAAGAUUUGUCAGCACUGGAAAAACGCAUACAGAUUUGCCACCGUGUAUGACACUGUGAGGAGGAUCCCUGUUUACUCAGCCUACACGUUGUUAAAGGUAGAGAAGACUAAACGCAGCGAUGUAUGGAAAAUUGAACCUCAGCUUGAAGAUAUUGAAGAAUAUAAAGAAAAGAAAGAGAUGAUUGAUUCCCCCAUAAAUGCGACAACUGUGGGAAAUAUAAUUAACCAGGCCGUGUACAAAGAUUAUACAGGCAGUGGGUAUACUCGAGGUCACGUGUUUCCACGUAGCUAUGCUGCUAAUCAGGAUCAAGCAGAUUCCACCUUCACUUUAACCAAUAUAGCACCACAAACACAAAACAGCAACGGGGCGUGGGCAAAGCAAGUGGAGGAACCGAUGCUUAAAGAAAUAAAUAAAAUUUGCAGGUGGAUUUCUGCUCUCCAUCACCUCACGCACUCCUCACACACUCCACCACUGUGCAUCAGGAUGAAGCUCCUGAGCUCAGAGGUUGUGAAGGAUUUUAUGAAGGUGAUCCAGUGUGCUGAAUUCUUCAUCCAAAACCCAGAAACAAACAUCACCAUCACCCUUUCUCUGGUCAAAAAGAAACAGUGA